AGGGAUUUUUGGUUUCUUCCCAGCUAUGGUUUUUAUAUAAAAUAACUAAGAGACUGCCUAUUCCAAUGAGGUUGGCAGUCCCGAGCGAUAUGUGCAGCCAAUCAGGUUAGUUGGGCUGUUAUUUUGGUUAGUUGCAAAAAGGUAUUUGCAAUUUUGAAAACAAAAAAUGGAAAGAUCUAUCGCCAAAAGAAUCAUGGCUCAGAAACUUGUGGAUUUAGAGAUGAGCAAAUCAAACACCAGCCGAAAGAGUGUGGAUAUCCAAAAAGCUUUGGCUGAGCUCAGGGAGGUCACUGUACAUCCUAGAUAUACAUCACUGAUCCAAGUUGUGGAUCUCCUCUACAUGGAUGCAUUAUUGUCAACCUCUGAUUUUAUGAUGAAACACCAAGAUUACAAAAUCGUUGUGUCCCAGUCUCAGGCUUUCAAUCAUCUGCGGUAUCUGCAGGAUGAGUUCCAAAAAACUGAGGAGAAUACUGACAAUGCAAUUGUUCAGAUAAAAAAGCGUUUAAAGUUAAUGGAGGAACUGGAUGGACCAAUAAUGCAAGUCAUGGACAAUGCAGUUCUUGUGCAGAGAGGAGAGCAUGUUGAGAUCAUCGAAACCGACAAUAAGCCAAUCAAAAGAGAGAGAGUGGCUCGUUUCAGGACAUCAGCUGAAAGAGAUGAAUAUAUCAAAACCCUUAAGUUUUUCAGAAAAGCUUUGACAUGGAACAGAUACAAAGUUUUAAAUAACCUGAUGCUGAGUUAAAUGUCUCUAUCCUUUGAUUUUUUUGUUGUCUACAGCCUAGAUGUCGGUGACAAAUUUGAAUCAACCAAUUGGUAUUUCUAAAUGUGUAAUGCUCAAAAAAAAUUCGAAAAAUUACAAAAAAAAAAAUAAUAAUAAUUCAAUCAAUUUAUAUACAUACAUAUUCUAAUAUUAAAAGGCAUACAAAGUAUGCAAGUCGAGCCGUUUGAAUGGAGAUACAAAAGUGUGUUUUAGAUGCUUUAGACCAAAGUGAUUAUGCAAUAACGUUGUGCGGAAGUACCUGUUUAACGCCAAACUCUAUAUUUUUUUUUAUAUAAUAAGCCUUUUAAUAUGUAUUUAGUUUUCAUUCAAAGUAUGUCCAUUUUUUCUCCUUUAAUUUAUUAUUAUUUAAUUAUUUUGUAUGUAUAAUUGUUCGAUUAAGCGAGAACAGUUCACUGUGCAACUGCGAUGCGUCUCUCUUAAAAGUAAUAUCAAAGACUUCUAUAUAUUUUGUAUCAUUUAUUUUAUAAGUAUCUUUUAUAUUCUACGUAAAUGUUUAAGAAAAUAUCAUACUACAUGUUUAUAGGCGUUUGUGUAAUAUAAGCUGAUAUGUAACAAA